AACCGAGCUGGCUGCAGGUUAGGAAUUGAGUUUAAUUUCGAUCUCUAGCGGGUGCGGUUGAAUAUAAGCAGUGCGCGGAUAUGACGGCGGAAACGAAUACGGGUCCGAUGAUCGGCCAACGUCAUUUGCAGACCUUCCUCCUCUUUUUGUCGAUUGUGGUUAACUAUAUGGCCAAGUUUAAUGCUGGAGUUGCGGUUGUGGCAAUGACGAAUGCGGAGAAUACUAACCCAAACUUUCCAGAGUACGAUUGGAACGAAAUGGAGCGAUCGUACAUCCUGUCCAGCUUCUUUUGGGGCUACAUACUGACACAGUUCAUGGGCGGAUGGCUGUGCCGGCGCUAUGGUGCAAGGAUAACGAUGUUUGUGUCCACUAUUGGGUCAGCCCUGCUGGUUGUGCUGAUCCCAUGGUGUGUUUCCUGGGGCGGGUGGCAAGCGUAUUGUGGCAUUCGCAUGUCCAUGGGUCUGUUCCAGGGCUUCCUGUUCCCCUGCAUUCACGCCCACCUGGCGAACUGGUGUCCUGUGAAGGAGCGAAACCGGCUGGGAGCCUUGGCCAACACGGGUAUUGAUUGCGGCACCUUGGUGGCCAUGUUUGCGAGUGGAUUAUUGGCAGCCUCGAGCAUCGGCUGGCCCGGCAUCUUCUACGUCUCCUGCGGUGUGGGCGUUUUAUGGUGCAUCGUCUGGUGGAUUUUCGGAGCCAACCAACCCAGGGAAUCCAAGUUCAUUGGCGAAGCGGAACUAAACUACAUUGAGACUUCGAUCAACUCCAGUCGCAAGGCGGAGGAGGCAGAGCUAAAGGCCACUGGACCCAUUCCUGUGCCGUGGAAGGCAAUUUGGACAUCAGUGCCCUUCUGGUCCUUGAUGGUCACUAGGUGCUGUCAGUCCUGGGGAUAUUCCACGCUCCAGACCGAAAUGCCAGCUUACAUGAACGGUGUCCUUUUGACGGACAUGAAGAGCAAUGCUCUUUACUCUGCCCUACCAUAUUUAACCUCCUGGGUUAUGGCCUUUGUCUACCUACUCAUCGCGGAUAUCCUGCUGACCAGAGGCAUCAUGUCCAUCACUGGCAUUCGCAAGAGUGUGAAUUCGAUAGCGUUCUUUGUGCCCGCUGCAGCUCUGAUCGGAGUAAGUUUCUUGGACAGUACCCAGAAGACCCUGGCCGUUGUGCUGAUGUGCGCCAAUGUGGGAAUCAACGCUGGUUCCACCAUUGGUAGUACCAUAAACACCAUCGACUUAUCACCCAAUCACGCUGGCAUCCUUAUGGGAAUUGUUAAUACUGCGUCUAACAUUGUGCCCAUUUUGACGCCUCUUCUUGUGGGAAUCAUCGUCAAGGAUGAUCACAAUCGAGAGCAGUGGCAAAUUGUGUUCAUUAUAUCCGCCAUCAUCUUCUGUGUGGGCAACAUUGUCUACUUAGCUUUUGGUCAGAUGGUUAAUCAGCCCUGGGACGCACCCGACUUUAUGGAUAAGCAACGAUCCUCCAAUCUUCAAGAGGUGGGACAUUCCAACGCUCUGGAAGCACAGCGAAGUGAGAAAGUGGAGGAAGCGAAGCGCAAUGAAAGUGAGGCUAUCAAGGAUAACUGAGCAGCAAGGACGAAAUUUGAUGUCAUAGGAUAACUAAUUAUUCUGUACCUCGAAAUCACCCAGGAAUUUUAGUCACGGCUGGUCCGAAAUAGUUUUAAAUAAGUCAAUUGUGUUCCCAAUGAGUACUUUAAGGUGUCAAUAUAUAUAUACGUAAAUAAUCCCA